AUGUUCUGGAACCAGAAUCAAGUUUCAAAAGAUCCUGAGGAAAAGGAGCAGCUAAGCCAUUUAAAACUCAGCCCCAGUCCCAGUCUCCGUCCCAGUCCCAGCCCCAGUCUCAGUCCCAGUCCCAGUCCCAGUCUCAGUCUCCAUCCUAGUCCCAGCCCCAGUCCCAUCCCAUUCUCCGUCCCAGUCCCAGCCCCAGUCCCAGUCUCAGUCCCAGUACCAGUCCCCCAGUCCCAGCCCCAGUCUCCGUCCCAGUCCCAGUCUCCGUCCCAGUCCCAGUCUCAGUCCCAGUCCCAGUCCCAGUCCCAGCCCCAGUCCCAGUCUCAGUACCAGUCCCCCAGUCCCAGCCCCAGUCUCCGUCCCAGUCCCAGUCUCCGUCCCAGUCCCAGUCCCAGUCUCAGUCCCAGUCCCAGUCUCAGUCCCAGUCCCAGUCCCAGCCCCAGUCCCAGUCUCAGUCCCAGUCUCAGUCCUAGUCCCAGUCCCAGCCCCAGUCCCAGCCCCAGUCCCAGUCCCAGCCCCAGCCCCAGUCUCAGUCCCAGCCCCAGUCCCAGUCUCAGUCCUAGUCCUAGUCCCAGCCCCAGUCCCAGCCCCAGUCUCAGUCCCAGUCCCAGUCUCAGUCCCAGCUCCAGCCCCAGCCCCAGUCCCAGUCCCAGCCCCAGUCCCAGUCUCAGUCCCAGUCCCAGUCCUAGUCCCAGUCCCAGUCUCCUGUUUUGCUGA